AUGCACAGAAGCAACGUUCGUCGCGUGUAUGUCAUCGUCUCUGUGCGCGGAAAAGGAAGAAAUUAUAAAUCAACGCACAUUCACUCAAUUCAAUCCAUAUCGUGCAGAACGGCCGUGCAGCUUCCACAGAGCACCGGUCUCGUUACAAGGCUACCUUGCACCUAAAUAUGAUUUGCGGUUUCGGCCCCCCUUGAGCAAACGAAGGGAUAAUAAUGAUAUUUCCAAGUUUCCGCGGUUGGUAUCGACUUAUUCCGGUCGCCGUAACAAUAAUUGCUUGGCUCGUGUCCGGGCAGACGAUAUUCGACUACGCUCGUCACCUGACGCAUCAGGCCGAACGUUACCUGGAUGAUAUAAAGUUCGGGAUAAAGGCAAUCAGAAACGGACUAAACACCGUCGAAGAUGUGUUGAAAGACUCUAAAGAGCCUGGGUGUGCUUACAAGUGCCCUGACGGAUCAUUACCCAAACCAAAGAUCGGUUACAAAGCUGACUCCAAUGGCUGUGGUGCUUAUGGCUUCCAGGUGGAAGCAAGGGAACUUCCCCACAAGGAAAUGAACUCAUGUUGCCACAAGCAUGACCUCUGCUAUGGCACCUGCCUGGCUGACAAGGAUGAGUGUGACGCAAGGUUUCUGAGCUGUCUGGAUGUAGUCUGUGAUAAGAAGGCUGGGAGGAAUCACAAGGACAGGAACUCGCAGGGUUGCAAAGCAGCAGCACGUGCAUUCUACACAGGAAGUCAAUACCUUGGCUGCAAGGCAUACAAGGACGCCCAGAAACAGGCCUGCUACUGUCCCAAGAAACAUGAGCUGUAAUGUGUAUACAUGCCUUUUCUCCAGUGAGCUGCAAAAGUAUGGCAUUUCUAGUUAUCCUUGGAAAGGUCUACUAUUUCCCUUGCUUUCUCUACAUCGUUCUUUUUCUUUUAACCUUGUAACUCUUGCACAGGGAUAAGUAGGAGUUCGUAUUCAUAGCUAUUUACAUUCGUAUUAGUUUCUCAACCCGUUACCAUGAGGCAGUGAGGUUUAUGUGGCAUUUCAGGAUAGCUUGGGACUGACAUGCAUUUAUUUUUCCUGUAUGCUACUGUCUUUGGCAGCUUGUACUUUAAAGCUUUUUUUUUCCUUUGCUGCUUUUUUCUGAUGUGGUAGCUGUGACCCCUGCAAAAUAAAUGUGCUGCUGUUGGGCAUUGAGCAGUGUUCGUUCUUGGGGAUCCACCAGAUCUGUAUUGUUAAUACCGUUAUUUCAGCUAUUGUGUUCUGUUAAAAGCACCAAGAAUGUAUGUUCUAGGCACAAGAAAUAAAAGAUUGUUGUGAAAUGUU